AGAUAAUCUCUUGGGAAUUUCCUGGGUUGACAGCUCCUGGAUUCCCAUAUUAAACAAUGGGAGUGUGUUGGACUAUUUCUCGGAGCGAAGUAACCCAUUCUAUGACCGAACAUGUAACAACGAAGUCGUCAAAAUGCAGCGGAUGACCUUGGACCAUUUGAACCAGAUGGUUGGAGUGGAGUACAUCCUUCUUCAUGCUCAAGAGCCCAUUCUCUUCAUUAUCAGAAAGCAGCAAAGGCAAUCUCCAACACAAGUUAUUCCAUUGGCUGACUACUAUAUUAUUGCUGGAGUGAUUUAUCAGGCACCUGACUUAGGGUCUGUCAUUAACUCCAGAGUUCUCACUGCAGUGCAUGGAAUUCAGUCUGCUUUUGAAGAAGCUAUGUCCUACUGUCGCUAUCACCCGUCCAAGGGCUACUGGUGGCAUUUCAAAGAUCAAGAAGAAAGAGAGAAAGCUAAACCAAAAGCCAAGAAGAAAGAAGAACCAAGUUCUAUUUUCCAAAGGCAACGGGUAGAUGCUUUGCUGUUAGACCUCAGACAAAAGUUUCCACCCAGAUUUGUUCAGCAAAAGCCUGGAGAAAAGCCAGUCCCAGUGGAUCAAAUCAAGAAGGAACCAGAACCAGCCCCUGAAGCAGUCAAGCCAGAGGAAAAAGAGACUGUAAAGAACGCUCAGCAGAGUGCUGGUGCUAAAGGACCACCUGAAAAACGGAUGAGACUCCAGUGAAGAGAGAAGUUGUUACACAUCUGGAUUAGUCAGUACCUGGAAAACAGAAGAUUCUUGCUCCCCUUUAUAUUUAAGCUCUUCCACUGAGACUCACGAUUCAGGGACUGAAGUCCCUACAACAGCUUGUUCUGUAAAAAUUUGUCACACAGAUGUUAAUGUCAGGAUGUGAGCUGCCUCAAGGAAGGUGUUUUCAGUCUUCAUCUUACUUUGAAUGUUGGCUUCUGAGAAUGGUUUUUCACAUGGACAUAUUUUGUAGCCUCCUGAAACCUUUACAAACUCUUGUAUCCCUUGUGUCUUGGUUUCCUAUGUAAAAAGAAAAUUGUAUAUAUAAAAAAAAACCCCCUGAAUUCUUGGCAAAUAAAAUUCCUGUCUGCUGGAA